AUGGUGGAGCGCCACAACGGCACAGUGAAGGAGUGCCUCCGAGCCUACUGCUCCGACCACAAAGACUGCGACCGUCACAUCCCCGAAAUCGCCUUUGCCAUGCGCACGGCUGAGAGCGUAGUGACGGGAUACACGCCGGCGUCCCUGUGCUACGGUCGGGAACUGCGCACCCCGUGGGAGCAGCCAGGAAGCAAAGACGACACUGAACCGCCUGUAACGGCUAGCCAUGCCUUUGCUGCUGAGGUCACCAGGUGGAGAAGAUAUAGGUUCUCCCUUUUCAAGGAGCUUGGGAUACCAGGGCCAGAACCAAGUUUAAUUUCAGGAAAUUUAUCAGAAUUGACAAGAAAGGGAGAGAUUGCUGCAUUUGAAGAAUGGAUUCCAAAAUACGGUGACAUUAUAGGGUUUUACAAUGGCGCAACUCCCAUAUUGAUUGUCAAAGAUUUGGAUUUGAUAAAAAAUAUUCAGAUUCAAGAUUUCUCCAACUUUCAUGACAGAGGGAUAGUAUCUAAGUUUGCCAGGGAACACCAACUGAGCAAACUGAGCCUUUUGAAUGCAUUAGGAGAUGACUGGAAAGAUAUGAGAAGGAUUCUUAUACCAGCCUUUGCGUCAAGUAAAGUGAAAAAGCUGACAACCCUCAUGAACCAGUGUUGCGAUGACUUCUUGGAUGUGCUGAGCUCCCUGCAUGGCGACGAAAACACGCUGGAAAUACGAGACUUUUUUCGUAAACUGGCCUUGGACAUCAUGAUGGGAUCAUCAUUCGGAAUUCAGUCAAACGCUCAAAAGACGGGAGAAAUGAUGGGUGUUAACCUAAUUGCAACGGAACUUAUAAACCACCUCAACUUUCUUGUUAAUGGAUGGGAGUCAUAUCUGGUUGAAUGUUUUCCCGAGCUCACUUUUCUAUGGAAAUGUGUAUUUUGGUUCAAGAGGCAUUUUAUGAAGUUGCCAAUUAAUAAAAUCAACGAACUACUUAUGCCGAUCAUCAAUAUCAGAAGGUCCCAACCGUUGUCUGUCGAUCAGGACUUCUUACAGCUGUUGCUCAAUGCCGAAGCUGAAGACGACCGUGCUACAAACACUCAUACGAAAAAAGGAGACAACGAUAACACUCGAUAUCUGGAAAAUAAGACCAGCCUGCGUAAAACACGACUUCUGACCAACGUCGAAAUCCAGUGUAACGUGAUUUCAUUUUUAGUCGAUGGUGUGGAAACAGCCAGCACUGCUAUGACCUUCAUGGCCUAUCUUCUUGCAAAGCAUCCGGAUAUACAGGACAAAGUUAGAUCGGAAGCAUCUGCUACCUUGGAGAAAGAUGGAGAAUUCAACAGUGGGAAUAUCACCUCAUUGCGCUACAUGGAUCAGGUAAUUUCAGAGGCUCUUCGAGUUUAUCCACCUAUCACUGGUUUCGUUACGAGAACGUGUGAGAAGGACUACGAUUGGAACGGACUUAAAAUACCCGCUGGGAUGAGCAUAAAAAUUCCAGUGUAUCAACUACAUCAUGACCGGAACUUGUGGCACGAACCUGAGAAAUUCGACCCAGAAAGGUUCAGCGACGACAAUAAGGGAAAUAUCGUUCCCAUGGCAUAUCAGGCCUACGGCAACGGCACACACAAUUGCAUCGGAAUGCGAUUCGCUCAACUGGAACUUAAGCUCAUGUUGGCAAAGCUCUUGGCAAAUUACAAGCUGCUUCUGGAUGAAAAGCGGAUGAAAGAGAAUCCUUUCGAACUCGACUCCAGCUCUAUUUUCUGCUAUCCCCGGAAAGGAGUUUGGCUGAAGCUUCAGAAGAUUUCGAGUGUUCUUUAA